AGCCUCAAUUUGUGUGCAGUCCUGUUCAGUCACAUUUCAGAUAAUUUUGAAGCUGCGAUACAUUUUGCGGUCUGAUGUCUAACCGGAAUGCCAGUGGAAAAACGCGCGCUCUGAAUGGCGUUAGUGAUACGCUAGCAAAUCAUGCAGAACAAAUGAGCAAUGGAAUCAUGGAUAAUUUUUUGACCUCAAACGAUGAAGCAGUUCAAGCUGAGGUUAGUUCCGCCUCGAUAAUGGACCGAAUAAUGCAGAUCAGGGAGUACCUGAAACAAGCUUCAACCCUGAAGAAACAACUCAUAAGUGUGGGCGGGGGCGCGGGUGACAACAGACAGAACUACGAGCAGCUGAGCAAAAUAUCGUCUCUAAUUGUGCAUUUGAGAGAGCAAGAGUCAGGAUAUAUGAGUUUGCUAUCCCAAUUAUUGGGCGAAGCAGAGAUCAGUAAUGCAAAUGGCGACACAGAAUCGGUCGCCGAUACGGUGUCAAUUAAUCUGGACGCACAUUCUGAGAUGAAUGAUGAACGGUCGGGACAAAAUUCACCCUUAUUUCCGGAUGAUCAAUUUGCAAACGCUUAUGAUGGCAUGCAAUUUAUGUGCGAGGCAAGUUGGCAAAGAUAUGCCAAGCUGCAAUCAAACUGCAAUAAAAAAGUCUCUAUGAUUAAUCGACCCAAAACACCGGUUCCUGGUCAGAUGCCCGAAAUGCGUCUUGCAAUUAACGGGCCCACAGCAAGUGGAAGGUCGAGUGCAGAACCUCGCAGUCAGCACCAAAAUGUUGGUAUUACCCGGCAGCCCCAAAGCUCCUCCGCGCAUGCGGAGACGGCUCAAUUGAAUGGACCAGCGUCAGAACUGAUGGAAUUAAAGCGUCAACAUGAGCUUCUGGAAAAGCUGUUGAAUCAGCAAAAAGAACUUAAAGACCUUAAGACAAAGCACGACGUCUUGAAACAAAUGACGUCAAAUUCGAACCAAACUCAAACAGCGAGUGAAGUAUCGGACCAAGAAGCAGGACCAAGCAGCCAACGUGCCUCAUCCUCGCACCCGAGGAGCUCUGAUUCCAGGGUUGUUCAGCAACAGAUGCGUCCUAGAGCUGGUUCAUCUGGAGGCAGAAGAGAUAUGCCGCAGGAAUUGGUAGAGGAAAAAACGAGUCUACAAAGUGAGUUGCAGUCAUUGCUGGAAGAGAAAGCAUUCCUAACUCAGUUAUUGAAGAUGAGGGCGACAGGGGAAAAUGCUAAUGGAUCACAAAGAGGAGAUUUGUCUGAAAGUUCAUAUAAUGGCACUGAGCAAAGCGUACUUUCAACUCGGCAAAAUCAGGCCGCGAUUGAAGAAUUAAGAACGCUGUUACAAAACGAGAAUCAAGAAACGAUAUCAGCCGAAGAUCUGGAAAACGUAGCAGGCCUGGAACAGCAGUUAAGAGAGAAACGGGAACUGGAAGCGAGAUUACAGGAGUUGCAGGAUAAGAAAAGCCAGAUGGACCAACUAGUUCAACAUCUUCAGGCGCUUAAACAAGCAAGCGUGAUCAUGAAUGGUGGGCUAGGGGAAGCUCCUCAGGGGGCAAGUGGAUCACAUGAAUCCAACCAGGAUUUACUAGAAAUUGAAGAUAUCAGACAUGGUGGCGCUGAGUCUGCUGACGAUCCAGGUAGUCAAAAUUCUGAGCACUCUGGCAUCAGACACUUCCAUUCUCUGUCGGCAGCAUCCGGGCUUAGUUCAAAUGCGGCCAAUAGAGAGUCAACUGAAGCACCGGAGAACAAUGAUACUGAUGAUGAGGAAGAUGAAUAUGAAGGGGACAGUGCUCUGGUUAGAUUGGGUGAAAGUGAUCAUAGAACGUCUUCGGAGAUGAUUGCGGACUUGAUGGACUCAGAAGAGCGAAUGAGGCAGCUCUCGGAUGCCAAAUCAUGCUUGAUCAUCUUACGCGGUUUGGUCGAAGAGUGCAGUAGUGGUGCUACCACGCCCGAUACGAGGAAGCUGCAAGAAUAUCAGAGCAGACUGCAGCAAAUGAAGACCUUGGUGGACAUGUAUCAGACUGCGGCAGCCAAUCCACGAAACAUGCUGACGGAUGAUGAUGGCGGGGGAGAUAGGAUCUAUGGGCACCAAUGUGAAAGCAAUUACGAAGACGAUGAAGAUGACGAGCAGAAUUUGGGCGCCGUAGGGGGAGCGCCGCUGCCCGGAAGGCAGAACCCUAGAAGCAAACAGGUGGCAAGUUCAAGCAAGAGUGAACAUUUGAGCGCUAAAAUCCAAGAAAUUGAGCAUCUCAAAAGUGGCAUAGAGCAACUACAGGGCCUGAUUUCGAACGUGCAAUCUUCAACCAAUCAAAUCACAUCUGCACAAAUGCCGAUGCCACAGGACGCACAGACGAGACUUAACUACUUGCUGAAUCACAGAUCGGACGACGAAGGCUUGGGUGACAGACUCGACCAGUUAAGGCAUUUGUUGAAGGCAGCAGGAUCCAAUAUGUCUGCUGAGGAGUUUAUAAUGUCAGAUAACGAACAGGAUUUCAUGCCGAGGGCAGCUGCAAGGAAUGGUGAUGGUUUUUCCCGAGCUGUUCGUCAGUCUGUUCAAACAGAAUCUUCUGGAAACUCGAGGAGCAAAUCUUCUGAAAAACGACCAAAGGCGAUGUCUGACUUCGCCGCAAUCGUACCUUCCCAACGAGAAGUAGAGGGAUCGGUGGACAGUCCGACCUCAAAUGUGCCACCAGCAGUGUCGGCGGCCAUGAGCGUGCCUCAACUUUCGGGGCAGCAGCUGAAGUCGAAUAAAGAGAUGUGGCUUGAGAUGAGACAGCAGAGGAUGCAAAGAGAGGAGGCGAAGAACAGGGCCAGGGGCAGAUUCGGAGACGGGCAGAGUGAGGAUUCCAUUCAGGAGACUAAUCCGUUUAGGUUGAGUCUAUCGACAACCUCUGCAACAUAUGGAGGUUCUCCAGUGACCAGUCAGCAUCCAAGAAAUAACAAUGGCUCCUCGUCCGCCAGAGCAGGACUAGCGAAGACACACCUGGCAACUAGGUACAGUAUGGACAGUCUCAUGAGUGAACAGCUGGCUAGGGGAGAGGGCGGAGGAGUGAAUGGAACGAGGGACGGUUCUAUGUACGAUGAAGAUGAUGAUGACGUUAUGAUGAUGCAACAGGCGGAAGAGGAGGAGGAAGAAGACGAAGAGGGACAUCAGAAUGCGGAUAAUCUUUCUUCGUCGUCGAAUGAGACGUACACAUUAGAUGAUCUAAACAAGCGUUUCAAAAACCUAACGAAUGGAGUGUCUGCAUCGGUAAGACAAGAUGGCCCUGUACCCUCUUCUUCUUCUGGCGCCCCUAGAGUGGGCAGUGGCGUGACUCUGAUGCCGGAUAACAGGAAGACGGACAACAGAGUGGCGGCAUCGAGAGCAAAUCCAGCGAAAACCAAGAACCAGUGGACCAGGAAUACGUCCAGACAACGCAAGCAAGAGAAUAUAUCAACAGUGCCCGAUAUAGCUCUCAAUACAAGCCAGCUAUCCAAUGCUACCUCCUCGACAAUGAUUGGAUCUGGAAACCAGUCGAGUAGUAAAACACAGCAGAACACUUCCAACCAGUCGCAGAGAACUGAUGACGUCCGAAGUAUGUUCAGAGAGUUGAAAGACGAAUUGGCCUCGACGAAUGACGCAGUGAGAAACAUGCAAGCUCAGAUCCAAUCGAGAGAGUUGCAGGCGACUAGUGACGAGUUCUUCAUUGCGCCACGUGGUCCAAUUCAACCAAGAGAGAGUUCGCGAAAUAGCAUGCUGCCUCCAAAUCCCAUUAGCAUGCCUGCGCUUCCUGGACCUUUUGGGAAUCCAGGGUCGUACCACGUGCCUCAAUUAGAGGACUUGAUGAGGUCCAUGGAAGCAAUGAUGCGGCAACAAAUGAUGAUGCAAAUGAGCAGCAUGUACAGUAAUAUGACCAUGGCCUGGAGUCAGAACAACAUGCCAAAUUCGCACCGGUAUGCCGGAAACAGUAUACCCGGCCAAUGCCCCAAUAACUGGAUGGGAGGACAGAGUCAGCAGCCUCCAGCUCUGGGGUUCAUAUCUCCUCAGAUGGUGAAUCCCUGGUUCCCAAACGAGAAUGCUACCAACAUGCAGAACAACCCAAACAUGAGGUUUCCGACCAAUAACCCUUACCUCUCCGACGAAGCUUCAAUUCACAGCCUGUCAACUACAGACCAAACUCUACAGCACAGAAUGCAACAGAUGAAUCAGAACUCUACUAACUCUUCCUUCAAUCAGAAUCACGCCUCGCAACAGCUGAAUAUUGACACUCAAAAUCAGACUGAAAACCUUUCUCGUCAACAGAAAAGUGCUAGAAGUUCCCAAAAUUCUCAGCACGUGCAGCAAGAACAGCAACAGAAUUUAUCAAAGUCAUGGCCGGCGCCAGUAGGGGCCUCGAGAACAGCUCCGAGUUCAAACGUGCGGCAGGUAGGUGCCGGUACGACUAAUCAAUCGCAUCCAGAAAUCCCACCUCUUGGACUUGAAUCAGGAACGACUUCUGUAGAUAGUAGCAAUGAUUUCUUCGUACAGACUUAUCCUAACGUAGACAGAAGUAGACGAUUUAUUAAUCCGAAUCAGCAUGGUAUCAUUUCGCAGAAAUCUCCUUCAAAGCGAGAAAGUCAGACUAGCUCCAAACCAACGACGGUCCAGUCAACACCAGUGGUUAGACGCAAAGUGAAACCCUCAGUUGAAGAACCAGUGAGCAGUUCUGCCGAAGCGCCUAUGGAAAGUGAUUCAAACAAUACUUUGUCUCUUUUUGAUGCUCUUAGAGACAAUAUUUACUCUGAGUUGGCAUCUGUUAUUACUGAAAACGAGUCAAGACCCCAUUUUCUGAUUGAACUGUUUCGAGAACUGAAAAUGUUAAAGACGGACUACUUGCGACAACGUGCGUUGAUGCUUUUACAAGACCUAGUGAAUCGUUACAUUGCAGAAGAUGCUAUGACAGCCACUGAUGCCGAAUCUUCGGAAUCCAGAAGAGCUGUCGAAUCCGUUGACCCUGGAGAUCAAAUAAAUUUCACUGACUUAUUUCAAAGCGAAAGAGGUAAAAGUGGUUCUAAGAAGCUAAAAGGGGGUAAGAUGAAAUACCCGCAUUAUUUGACCGGUGCUGAACCAGGUGUAAGAGGAAAAGCGAAGAAGUAUACAGCCGGAGAAGAGACCCCGAGUGACAUGAGUGACCAAAGUGGGUUUUCGGUUCAGAAUUUGUCGUCAGCUUACAGAUCUAGCCAGCGUAACUCACAAGACAAAUAUCCCUGGAUAAAGCAGAAUUUGGAGUAUCUGGAGCGAAUACGACAGCAGUAUCGCCAACAAGAAGCGCAAAAUAGUCAAGUUCAGAGCUCGAGCUCCUCGAUGGGAGGUGUGGCUGAUAUACGAAUCCAAGGUCACCCAUUGACUGCACAGCACUAUGAUUAUGAGGAAGUAGUUGAGGAGAGUCACUCUGGGCAGAGCACUCCUCUGUUUGCAAAAGAUUCUCUAGGAGACACUGCUAUAUACUUAGAUACUGUAUCGGCAGCGAACGCUAUGGCAACAGCUUCCGCGCCCAAAUAUCAACUUUCGAAGACAACUCAAAAUUCAACAUCAACAGCAGUGACCUCUUCGGCAAAUUCAAGGCCAACAAAUUCUCAAGAAAAUGCCAUGGGACUUCCUCUGCAAGACAUAUCUGGCUUUGAAAGUGAUUCGUCUUUUCCAGACCAUUUUGCCACGCCUAACAUUAACUCUCUGGACACGCAGCAUUUAGAUGAUCAAAUUAAAAUGAUAAUGGGAGAGAUUAUUCCUCAGAUGAAAAAUAGAAUGGAUGAGAACUGCACGCAGUCGUUUCUGAACAUGCUCAAAAAACAGGUUUUGCAAUUGGCUAGUGCCCAUUACGACGGAGCGGAAGAGUUUGUUCGCUUUUUCCACCAGCAACUGACAACUGUUUUAACUGAAGCGUUAAGUAAAUUUGCAAACCUGACCUUGAGGGAGUGCGGCGAGGAUUUGUUGGUGGAGAUUUCAGAAGUGCUCUUCAAUGAGUUGGCCUUCUUCCGCAUGAUGAGAAGCUUCGAUGGCGGGACCGGAAGUAUGAGUAUUGACGAGGAGCUAAUCGGCUUGGAUGGGAACCAAGAGGAUGAUGAUGAUGACGGUGAUGCGGACGAAAACGAUGACGCAAGUGAUGAUGAUGGAGAUGAAGACGACGAUGACGAAGAGGAGGAGGAAGAGGAGUCCCAAAGUGAGAAUGCGGAUGAACUAGGCGAGGCCUCGGAAGAAGUUAGAGAGACCGAUCAUGGUAGUUCAACUACAACUCAGUCGAUGGGAGCCGAAAGCUUCAACAGAGAGGCUGAAGAAUUGUCAAAUGAACGGGACGACAUUCUUGCAAUGACAGCCCCAUCCGGUGACCAUUAUGACCCGGACGAAGAUGAAGACGACGUGAAUAACUACGACAACGAUCUGGACUCAGUCCUUUCAGAUGCAUACCAAAACGACGACCUGAAUCUAAACCGCGACAUGAACUUGGCAAAUGUUGGAGCGCAUAUGGCUGGAACCUCCAAACCAACAGUGAAAAUAGAUAAAUCAGCCGAUAUGCCCACAUAUGCUCGACCAUUGAUUCUAAGUGAUGAUAACACAAUUCCGAUGUUGUCAAUGAGUGAAACAAGAGCUCUGAUAAGUUACGGAUCAGGCGAAGACGACGACGAAGAUGAAGUGAUAUCACAAGACGAAUUGCUGGCCGCUGUCGAAGAGCAGACAGCUGUUGUGACCACGAGUAACCGCGAGAGGGCUGCAACUUCGAAUGCCAGAGAGCACUCAAAUGAUCUGAGCAACUCAGAUGGACUAAACAGUGAGUCUCGUGAAACUGACAGACACAUGACGAACUUGAUGGAUGAAAUAAUGGACUCAAUGACCAAUGCCUCAGCUGCCGACGAAAUGAUAGAAGACAAUGCAGCGCCCCAGCCUUGAAAUGAACGGAAAAUUAGUUACAGUUUACUAAACUAAAUUGUAGGCUAUGAGCGAAAUAAUAAUAAUACUAGCUUAAUCAAAUCAUCUGUAGUAUUUGUAAUUUAAAUUGUAAACUUAAACACUCCAACUGACUUAACAUUAGAUGUGCAACUGACUCAAUUAAAUCUUAGAUGAUACGCGGAAUCAUCUUCAGUUCGAAGGAGCUUCAAACCAAUUCACGAGUGUAUUGAUUCAUGUAUAGUUUUUAUUUGUAAAUUUGUUCCUUCCGUAUAUUUUGAUUUAAUUCAAGCUUUCUA